AAAAUCCAAUCCUGUUGGUUUUUAGUGGAGGGAACCAGAGAGAUGCUGAUUUCAGGGUCGGACUACAGAAAUACAUCAAUGUAGAGUUCUGGUUCUGGUUCUAGCGUAACAUGUCUGUUUUCUCUCUGCAGGUUUACUCUCCGAUGGCAGGCGGUGGGAUGGGUUCUGGUCUCGGGAUGGGCUCCAUGUCAGGCUAUAUGUCCAGCAAUGGGACGACAUCUGGCUCCUUCAACAUGUCAUACGGCGGCACCGGUCUGAGCCCCGCCCCAGUGGGGGGGAUGGGUGGCCCGGCUCCAGCGGCCAUGUCGGGUCUGGGCGGGGGCGUGGCCUCGAUGGGCGGGACUCUGAGCCCGACUAGCAUGAGCUCGGUGUCGGCCCAGCAGGCCUCAAUGGGUCUCAACCCAUACGGUGGCAUGAGUCCCACUAUGAGCCCCGGCAUGGCGUACGGCGGCGGCGGUGGGCUGAACCGCGGUCGAGACAACAAAACAUUCAGGCGGAGCUACCCGCACGCCAAACCGCCGUACUCCUACAUCUCGCUCAUCACCAUGGCGAUCCAGCAGGCACCCAGCAAAAUGCUGACUCUGAGCGAGAUCUACCAGUGGAUCAUGGACCUGUUCCCGUACUACCGGCAGAACCAGCAGCGCUGGCAGAACUCCAUCCGGCACUCGCUGUCCUUCAACGACUGCUUCGUCAAGGUGUCGCGCUCGCCGGACAAACCGGGGAAGGGUUCGUACUGGACGCUGCACCCGGAUUCUGGGAACAUGUUCGAGAACGGCUGCUACCUGCGGCGCCAGAAGAGGUUCAAGUGCGAGAAGAAGAUGACCACGAAGUCCGAUGGCAGGAAGGAGCAGGGGGGGGGCGGCGGAGGAGUGUCUCCCUCGGGGGACACCAUCAAACCUCCGGGACUCCUGGACGCCUCCUCCUUGCCAUCCUCCAGCCAGGCCUCGCCUCCAGGGCUGGACCUGCGGGGGGGCGGGCCGUCGGACCUGAAGGUGCUGUCCUCGCUCUCUCUCCCCCCCCACUCCAUGGAGUCGCACCUGAAAGGCGACCCCCACUACGCCUUCAACCACCCGUUCUCCAUCAAUAACUUAAUGUCGUCCUCGGAGCAGCAGCACAAACUGGACCUGAAGGCCUACGAGGCGCUGCAGUAUUCCUACCACGGCGCUGGGGGGGGUCGCAGCAUGGAGCCGCUGGAGGCGUCCUACUACCAGGGGGUGUAUCCCCGACCGCUGCUCAACACCUCCUAGUACUUCCUGUUUGGACUCUUACUCUCUGCAUGGACUUCCUUUCUGACUGUGACCGACCCAGAGACAUGUAAACAAACUGACCCCAGGUCUGUGUUCUCCUUUUACACACAAGUCACAGCCAAAGCUUCUUAACACCCCCCCCCCCCUGUGAUUCACAUUCAGUGUUCGGAGGAUCCUAAAUAAAUAAACAGAAUCAGUAUUCUUAAAAAAUACAUCAAACUGCCACUUGAAUUUAAAAAAAGGAAAAUAAAUCAUUACUGAAACUAAAGGCUCCUAAAAAAUAAAAGUGCAGUUUUCUUUCUUUACAAACGUUGAUCGUGCAGCUGUGGAUAUUUUCAGGCCUCUAAAAACGAUUUCUAGAUUUUCACCAACAUGACGAGGACUCGCACAAAGUUUAAGAUCAGUUUCCUGCAGGCAACUAACUCUACUCCAUCUCCCAUCAUGCAUUGCACAUUAAACUGUCUUCUACACUAAAUCUCACAGUUAAUUAGUUCAUUAAUAAUCUUUUUUUUAUUUUGCUGCAGAAAAGUCUUUAAAGUCUGUUUCAGCCUCAAAUCUGCAGAUCUGCUGCUUUUCUGUUUCAUAUUAAAGUGAAGAUCUUUGGACAUUUAAAGACUUCACCUUGGACUUUGUCUUAGACCUGUUCAUAUUUACACUGAAAUGGUUUUACUUUGGCGGGGCUUUGCAGAUGCUUCCUGCCGUUCAGUCGGAGCUUAAUGUAAAUAUAUUCUUUUAAUUAAUUUAAUGAAACUGAAGGAUCAGAUCGUUGUAUUUAUGUUUUAUUAUUCAAGUUUAAUAAAAUGUUUUUAAAAGCCUGAAGAAGAAAAACAGAGAAAAGUUUUAUAUUUACAGUUUUAUAAUUUAAAGAUCUGCUCUGCUGAGUUAAAGGAUUCAUUUAUUUUAAUUCUGAAAUAUGAGGAGGGUUUACUUCUCCCACGACCUCCUGACCUCCCGAGGGGUCGCGGCCCUCAUGGUGAGAAACCCCCACUCAGAGUAAAGCUUCUGGUUUAAAGCCCCCCCCCUGAACUUUAAUCUAUUGAUGCCGGCUCAUUACUUCAUUUUAUUACAUUUUACCAACGUUUCUGUUCAGAAUGUGAAAUACAUAACUUUUAUAUUUAUACACACACACACACACACACGUAUAUAUAUUUACAUAUAUUGUUUUGUAUAUGACGUGCAGAACUUUAGGAAAUAACGCCAAUAAAACCCUGAACUAAACUUUUAUGAUUUCUUUCUGUCUCUUCAUAUUUUGGUGAAUCAAAAGCACAAAAGAAUUACGAAUAUUGAUGAUGAAUAAAAGAACUAAUUGGUGAAUGAAUCUGGAAUUUCUCGGUAUAAUGUAUUAAAUAUAUUAUAAUAAAUAACUUGCAGAGAAAACAGCAACAUUAUAUUUAUCAGAAAACAUUUUAUUUUAUUAACAGCAGCAGCAACAAAGCAUGCUGGGAAGCAGAAACUUUCAUUUGUGCAGAUAUUUCUCAUGCAGAAGACAGAGAACCCACUAAAGGUCACUUUAAACAAAUCUGAAAUGAUGUCCAGAAACACGAAUAUGUGAACAUUCAAGUCCUCCUGAUGUAAAAUUAUUAUUAUCAAUUAUAAGUUAAUGAAAUGUCAGAAAACUGUGACGUCUUCACAUGAUCCCAGAUCUCCUGCAUAAUCCUAAUAAUAAUAAUCAGUCUUAUUAUUAUUAAUAUUAUAGUUAAGUUCACGUCAAAGAUUAAAGUUGUUUGCAUUGAUUUGAAAAUAGAAGCUCUUUGUGUGUAAAAGGAGAAAUCUUCCUGAUGUGUUUUUAAUCUGCAGUCUAUCAACGAUUAUUAAUUAUUAAUUAUUCUUACCAUGUGCAUGAAGUGGGAGGG